GCCGGACUCGAUUAAUAUUCAUGAGCACGUGAUUGUGAUUGGCCGCUGAUUGGUCGCGUCCUGCGCCAAGUGCAUCGUAAUGAGUGCGGCUGCGUUGCGGGGCGAUUAAUUUAUCUUCGGAGAGAAAGACAACAGGAUGAAAUAGCGCGACAUACAGAUGUGUGUUUUCCGAUCUGCGACAACAGCUCGCGUGUGUGUUCGUGUCAGGAUUAGGCUGUUGCGGCUCUAAGGCGGCUCAGGUGGAGCAGGAUAACGCUGGAUACGCGUGUCCUCCUCCUCUUCUAGCUCAGACUCUGCCGCAUCUUCCUCCUCCUCAUCAUCAUCAUGGGGAACCGGGGCAUGGAGGACCUGAUCCCGCUGGUGAACCGGCUCCAGGACGCCUUCAGCUCCAUCGGCCAGAGCUGUAACCUGGACCUGCCGCAGAUCGCGGUGGUGGGCGGCCAGAGCGCCGGGAAGAGCUCCGUGCUCGAGAACUUCGUGGGGAAGGAUUUCCUUCCUCGUGGAUCUGGCAUCGUCACCCGCCGGCCUCUGGUUCUGCAGCUCGUCAACUCCAACACAGAGUGGGCUGAGUUCCUGCACUGCAAAGGGAAGAAGUUCACGGAUUUCGAUGAGGUCCGGCAGGAGAUCGAGGCCGAGACGGACCGCGUCACUGGGGCCAAUAAGGGCAUUUCCCCCAUUCCCAUCAACCUGAGGGUGUUUUCCCCACACGUGCUGAAUCUGACCCUCAUUGACCUGCCUGGCAUCACUAAAGUGCCGGUGGGCGACCAGCCGGUGGACAUCGAGCAGCAGAUCCGAGACAUGAUCAUGCAGUUCAUUUCCCGAGAGAGCUGCCUAAUCCUGGCCGUCACCCCGGCCAACACUGACCUGGCCAACUCCGACGCGCUCAAACUGGCCAAAGACCUCGACCCGCAGGGCCAGAGGACGAUCGGCGUGAUCACGAAACUAGAUCUGAUGGAUGAAGGGACGGACGCUCGAGACGUUCUGGAGAACAAGCUCCUGCCACUACGCAGGGGUUAUAUUGGGGUGGUGAACCGCAGUCAGAAAGACAUCGAUGGGAAGAAGGACAUCAAAACGGCUAUGGCAGCGGAGAGGAAGUUCUUCCUCUCUCAUCCGUCCUACAGGCACCUGGCGGACAUCAUGGGAACGCCAUACCUGCAGAAGGUCCUCAAUCAGCAACUGACCAACCACAUCCGGGACACUCUGCCGGCCUUCCGAAGUAAACUGCAGUCGCAGCUGCUGGCGCUGGACAAAGAGGCGGAGGAGUACCGUCACUACCGGCCUGACGACCCCUCACGCAAGACCAAAGCCCUUCUGCAGAUGGUUCAGCAGUUCUCGGUGGACUUUGAGAAGCGCAUCGAAGGCUCUGGCGAUCAGGUGGACACCGUCGAGCUGUCGGGUGGAGCCAAGAUCAACCGCAUCUUCCACGAGCGCUUCCCCUUUGAGCUGGUCAAGAUGGAGUGCGAUGAGAAGGAAAUGCGUCGGGAAAUCAGCUACGCCAUCAAGAACAUUCAUGGCAUCAGGACGGGUUUGUUCACUCCGGACAUGGCCUUUGAGGCGAUUGUGAAGAAGCAGGUUGUGAAGAUAAAGCAGCCGUGUAUUAAAUGUAUUGACCUGGUGGUUCAGGAGCUGAUCAACACAGUCCGUCAGUGCUCCAAUAAGCUGGAUUCUUUCCCAACCCUGCGAGAGGAGACAGAGCGCAUUGUCACAACUCAUAUCCGUGACAGAGAGAGCAAAGCCAAAGAGCAGGUUUUGCUGCUGAUUGACGUUCAGUUGGCAUACAUUAACACCAACCAUGAGGACUUCAUUGGCUUUGCAAAUGCUCAGCAGCGAAGUAACCAAGCAAACAAGAAGAGUUCUGCUGGAAACCAGGAGCUCCAGGUCAUCCGGAAGGGCUGGUUGACCAUCAAUAACAUCAGCAUCAUGAAGGGCGGAGCGAAGGAGUACUGGUUUGUGCUGACCGCCGAGAGCCUGUCCUGGUUCAAAGACGACGAGGAGAAGGAGAAGAAGUACAUGCUGCCCUUGGACAAUCUGAAGGUCAGAGACGUGGAGAAGAGCUUCAUGUCCAGCAAGCACAUGUUCGCCAUCUUCAACACAGAGCAGCGGAACGUCUUUAAGGACAGUCGUUUCCUGGAGCUGGCCUGCGACACCCUGGAGGAGGUGGACAGUUGGAGGGCGUCGCUCCUGCGGGCCGGAGUCUAUCCAGAGAGGGCCGUGGUGGAGAGCGAUAGUUCUGGUCAGUCGGAGAACUUCUCCAUGGAUCCUCAGCUGGAGAGGAAGGUGGAGACCAUCCGCAACCUGGUGGACUCCUACAUGGCCAUCGUCAACAAGUGCAUCCGGGACCUCAUGCCCAAGACCAUCAUGCAUCUCAUGAUCAAUAAUGUGAAAGACUUCAUCAACGCAGACCUUCUGGCCCAGCUGUACUCGGCCGGAGACCAGAACUCCCUGAUGGACGAGUCUCAGGAGCAGGUCCAGCACAGGGAAGAGGUGCUGCGCACACACCAUGCCCUGAAGGAGGCGCUGGGCAUCAUCGGGGAUAUCUCCACCUCCACCAUCACCACCCCGCUGCCGCCUCCCGUGGACAGCUCCUGGCUGCAGGCCGGGCAGGGCGGCUCUCGGAGGUCUCCUCCGGCCAGUCCCUCGGCUCCACGUAGGAUGUCUGCAGGCCAGAGGCCGGCCGGUAGGGGUGCCCCUCAGCCUCCGACCCGUCCAGGGCCUUUAGGGCCCUUGAAUAACAGCGCUGACAGCCCACAAGUUCCCAGUCGGCCCAACAGGGCCCCACCUAGCAUUCCCAGUCGGCGUCCCCCCCCCUCCCCCACCCGACAGGUCCCGCCGUAGGAGGCCCCGGGGCCGCAGUCUUUGCUCCUGGAGCGAGUGUACUGUUCCAGGCCCAUUCUCAUGUGAUCCGUCCACCGGCGUCUCCUGCAUGUGCUGUCCAUCUAGUGUCCUUCACACUGGCGUGACCGUGGCCGUGGUGUCUGUGAUAGCAGUGCUCGUCGUGUGUUGUGUGUCAGUGCCUGUGAUUCAGUCCGAGUCUCUUUCCUACACUAGUCUUCUUCAUCCAGGCUCUUCUUCUUCCCUGCUGUUAUCAUCCCCUUUCCCGACGGCACUGACCUCCCCAGCCAUGCAUGCGUGUUUAUUUCAGGGUGUUGUGUGUGUGUGUGCAUAUAGUGUGUGAGUGAUAUAUCUUAGGAUAAGCCGGGAAGUGUGUGUGUGCCUGAAUUUAAUGAUAAAUGUGUACAAUAAUUUAAGAUUAUGUGAUAUUUAUGUUCUGAUAGUAGACAUUUAAAUUAUUGCUGUUUUUUAUGUUAAUGUUGUUAUGUUAAUGUUUGAUUCACUUUACGGUGUGUUCACACUUGGCAGGUUUGGUUCGAUUAAAGCUAACUCUGGUGCGAUUUCUCUGUUCGUGAGGUUUGGUGUUAAAAACGACGCUAAGCGAACCGAGACUAAAUGCAGCGCCGGACCAAAAGAAGCAGGAGAACCGAACUACGAGUGUGAACACACAAAUGCUCACAUCUUUAGGUCUGCAAACACUUUUAUGAUCAUCCUCUUGAAUAGCGCCACCUGCUUGCAAUACUAGUUCAUGACAGAUAAUGUAAAUGUUCAACCAAAGUUCACCACAACAUUACUCUGCAAUAAACACAGCCGUAGUUUUGAGUCUGUUCUUGUGUUAGUGAGAUUUAUUUGCUACUCUACUCGUGUUCAGUAACUUCAACGCAAAGCUCUUCCUUUGAGGACUAGUUAAGGAUGUAAGUCAAGCGUGCAGGAACUGCUGAUGUAUGAUCUCUAAUUAUUAACAUGAAUAUGUGGAUAUAUUAUCUGUAGGUGUGUGAAUCAGAUGGUUUAACCGGAUGUAAUGGUGUGUGAUGCAGUAGAGUCAGUGACAUUUAAACUAGUCCUCCUGGUAUAAACCCACGGGACGGAGACUGAACUCAAGCUGGGUUUCCGUAUACUGAGGGUCACAUGCUGAACAAGCGGAGGCCAUCUUAGAGCUUGAGAAACCUCGUUUCCGCCACAGAAUAAAACAUUUUAAAAGACUUUUUAUCUCACAAUUGUGAGUUUACAUCUCUCCAUUCUGACACUUGCGUGUAAUAAAGUCAGAAUUGUGAGAUAAAAGGUGGCGAUGGCCUUUUUGUAAGUUGAUCUGUGGCGUGAACAAGCGAGAGCAGAGAACAGCAGAUCCGCCGCCGGCUGCAGAAACCAGGAGUCUUUUCUUCAAGACUGUUGAUAGCUUUGUUAUAGGUCUGAUGUGAUCCCGAAAGCUGAGACGGACUCAGGUCACACAGGACUCGAGACAUGCCUCUGGUCAUUAUGAGUGUACUAUAGCGAUGAUAUAACACGUUCAGACGCUGAGAUGAAGGCUUCUUCAGGAACCAGCUGGGAGAGAAGAACCACUCGCUCUCGCUCUCUGUAUGCUCCAUUAUGGCUUGAUGUACUGUACCUCUAUAUGUAUGAAAUAAUAUGUAUUAAGGAACAUUCAAUAAAAUGAGAACCUGCAGUGUGUAA